UGGAGGUUACAUCGCCGGUGGUGUUUACGCAUCUCUUUUCGUAAUGUUGGAAGGUGUCAAACAUGUUUUAUUAGUGCUUUCUGGUAAAGGUGGUGUCGGAAAGUCAACAAUCAGCACACAAUUGGCACUUGCACUCAAAGAGUCUGGAUUUCGCGUUGGCUUGCUAGAUGUUGAUCUUUGCGGACCUAGUGUGCCUUAUUUGUUAAAUUUAGAAGGCAAAGAUGUUCAUCAGUCUUCUGAUGGAUGGGUACCAGUUUUUGCAGAUAAAGAACAAAAAUUAGCUGUCAUGUCAAUAGGGUUUUUAUUAAAAAAUCAAGAUGACAGUAUUAUCUGGCGGGGUCCAAAGAAAACUGGAAUGGUUAAACAGUUUUUGACUGAUGUUGUUUGGCAAGAUAUUGAUUACUUAAUUAUUGAUACACCACCAGGAACUUCAGAUGAACACAUCACAGUGAUGGAGAAUUUAAGAAAUGUUAAGUGUGAUGGUGCACUAAUAGUAACCACUCCACAAGCUGUUGCAGUGGAUGAUGUCUUACGGGAAAUAACAUUUUGUAGAAAAACUGGAAUUCAUAUAUUUGGUAUUAUUGAAAAUAUGAGUGGUUUUGUCUGUCCAUCUUGUUCAGAAUGUACAAAUAUAUUUUCCGCGGGUGGAGGAAUAGCUCUUUCGAAAAUGGUAAAUGUACCAUUUUUAGCAAAAGUGCCUAUAGAUCCACAAGUUGGGAAACUAGCAGAAACAGGUCAAAGUGUUUUGGUAACUCUACCUGAUAGUCAGGUAGCGCAAGUGUUUCGGAAACUAGUCGAGGAACUUACACAGAGCAAGGAAGCAUGAGAGUGAAAGAUUUGAUUUCAU